AUGGAUCGCUGCAACGAGGUAAAACUUCUGCUGAAAAGGUGGGAGCAGGGGUUUGUCAACCAGCACCAGAGGAAACCCAACAAGGAGGACAUUGAUCAGGCUCCGGAAGAGACUAGGAAGCUGUAUAAGGAGUACCGCGGUUUGAAACAGGCCAAAGAGAACAGCAGCCAAAUUCAGGCCCCAGCCGAUCCCCACACAACCAAUAAGGUCCUGAAGACAGACUCGGGUUGUUGGGGUGCCCAUCUAAAUCGCAAAGCGAUGCCCGUUCCUGCUCCCAGACUGACGUCCCAGGAGAGAGAUGAUCUGAUUGCAUCUUCCCAACAUUACGCGUUAAAGCUUAAAAACAACCUGGCCUCACUGGGCAAAGACAGACCUGUCUCGCUGAAGAGAUCUUAUGGUCGACCACCUCCAAACUCGCUGAAAGAUGAAAAAACUGUACCGACAAACAAGACACAUUCUGCUGAAACACCUGCCAAGGCCCGGAAUGUUGACCAGGAAUCAACCCACAUUAAUCUGGGCUCUGCGUCACCGUCUGUGAGGACACUUCAUCCAGAGGAGCCCGAGGAGCAGUUUAAACCACUGGAACCUGAGCCUGCAGAAGCUGUUUCUAGCUGCAGCACAACUACAAACAGCACCGAUAGCGCUCAGUUCAACCCUACUCCUUUACCCUCCCCUUCAGACAGACCCUCGGUCCUCUUGUCAUCUUUAUCUCCUCAACGUAAUGUCAGAAGUUCAACAGAAAGUCCCAGAGCUUCAGCUUCUGACUCAUUAAAAACUGCCCUUGAGAACACUGAUGGUGUAUCUGUAACUGGCUUCAAAGGUAACCGACCGUCUUUUGUAGGGUUUGGAGGGGGGCCGGCUGGAAGGCCCUCUCCUGCCAGAAGGCUGAGCUGUGUAGACAUAAAGUGGCUAGAGAGGUGUCAGGUGUUUGGAGAAAUGGCAGCGGAGGAACAGCCUGUAGCAGGUAAUCAGGAAGUAAGAGUGGAGCAAAAAGAAAGAGAAAAAAUAGAAAGCGUUCAAAGAGCAGAAAAGGAAGACAAAAAUCUAGAGGGGGAACAAAAUGUCCCUGUAGACCACGGAGGAGAAGAAGGAUUAGUUUGUGUCACAAAGGAGGAGGUUAUGAGUGGAAAUGCACCAAAAUCAUCUCCAAAGCACAUGCGGAAAGGAACGAAUAAAAGAAAGGAUGAGGAGGAAAUAGACACAAUGCCGGUUGUGACACCUGACGGUGGCAAUGAAGUCAAAUCAGUAUCCAAAGGUACCAGGAAGAGAGGGAAGAAGAGGGAGAGAGAAGAGGGUCAAACAGAAGGAGAUAUUACGGAAGAAGGAGGGGCAAAAAAGAGGCGGCGGAAUGGUAAAAAGAAAGAGGAGAGCUCUGUUGAAAAGCCAGAGUCCCCCGAUGGAAGAGGACAGAAGAAAAAAAGGGGCAAGAAAAAAGCAAGUGAUGAAGAAGCUGAACAAACAAAUGACAGCAAAGUACCUAAAAAGGCUCCGCAAGAGAACCUGUUUGGAGAAUUAGAGGAGGAAUUUGGAGCUACUCGGAUGAGGAGGGUGAAUCCUGUCAGAGCCAGGGGUGCAGAGGGUAAUUUUGUGAAGAUAAAUCUGAAGAGGAAGUCUCAUGUCAAAGGAUAUGCGCUGAGAGGGAUUGCUUUACGCAAACAGAUGCACAUGCAGAAGUUUCAGCUGAAAGGAGAGCGCUUCGGUGGAGGUGGUGGAUAUUUUGGCAGAGGACGGAGGGGGGGCUUCAGGGGGGGCUUCAGGGGGGGAAUCAGUCGCCAAGGAGACACGUGCUACAAGUGUGGAGGGACUGGACACUGGGCCAUCGACUGCAAGGGCCGAGCUCCUCCACCUCCUGUCGCUGAUGAUCAGCCUGCUGAGGAGGAGCCAUUUGAACUACCCACCCUGGAGGAUGUUGCCAGGGCAACAGGAACUCUGCGACCUCAGCCACUGGCGUUUCCUAGUGUCAAUGAGGAGCAACGUUCACAAGAAAAGGAUGUAGGUGGCGUCCAUGAAGACGAGAUGUUACUGAAUGUGAUUCGUCCUGACUAUGAACGCCCCGCUCCCCCACCACCUAUGGAACCCCUUUAUCAUCUCAAAGAGGAUGGGAAAGUGCAGGAAACGCCUGAUGAAGUCCACGCUGCUCUGAGAGACCUGGGCUAUCAGUCAUUUAGAGCGGGACAAGAAGAAGCCAUUAUGAGGAUUCUGUCAGGUCUUUCUACUCUGGUCGUGUUGUCAACUGGAAUGGGUAAAUCGUUGUGUUACCAGCUGCCAGCCUACUUAUAUGCUCAGAGAUCGAAAUGCAUCACUUUGGUCAUCUCACCUCUCGUUUCUCUGAUGGACGACCAGCUGUCUGGCCUGCCGGUCAUGCUGAAGGCUGCCUGCAUCCACUCCAAUAUGAGCAGGAAACAGAGAGAAGCUGCGAUAGAAAAGGUGAAGUCUGGUCAGGUGUGUGUGCUGCUCCUCUCUCCAGAGGCCCUGGUGGGUGGAGGAGGGUCAGGUGUGGGCUGUCUGCCUGCUGCUCAGGAGCUGCCCCCUGUGGCCUUUGCAUGUAUAGAUGAAGCUCAUUGUGUGUCAGAGUGGUCACACAACUUCAGACCGUGCUACUUAAGACUCUGUAAGGUUCUUCGGGAGCGUCUGGGAGUGCGGUGCCUGCUGGGACUCACGGCUACUGCAACAAUGUCAACAGCACUUGACAUCGCUCAACAUUUGGAAAUCAGCGAUCAAGACGGCAUUGCUGUGAGAUCUGCAGCUGUGCCUCCAAACCUGAAUUUGUCUGUGUCCAUGGAUAAGGAAAAGGACCAGGCUCUGGUGUCCUUGCUGAAAGGUGAGCGUUUUGGUUGUCUGGACUCCAUCAUUGUCUACUGCACCAGAAGAGAGGAGACGGUUCGUGUGGCGGCACUGCUCCGGACGUGUCUGCAGGGAGUACUGGUGAAGGAGAACAAGCAUACCAACGACAGCCAGAUUCCAAACAAUCCUAUUGGACAGAGAAAAAAAGACCUAGCGCGAAAGAAGAUCCGCAAACCGCUGAAAUGGCAGGCUGAGUCCUACCACGCCGGCCUGUCAGCAUCCGAGCGUCGACGAGUCCAGAACAACUUCAUGUGUGGGGAGCUCAGAAUCGUGGUAGCCACCGUGGCAUUCGGCAUGGGCCUGGAUAAAUCUGAUGUCCGUGGCAUCAUUCACUACAACAUGCCAAAGAGCUUUGAGAGCUACGUCCAGGAAAUUGGAAGGGCAGGGAGAGAUGGAGAACCUGCUCACUGCCACCUUUUCCUGAACCCUGAGGGCGGAGACCUUCAUGAGCUCCGUCGUCAUAUUUAUGCAGACACUGUGGAUUAUUAUACAGUCAAACGACUGGUCCAGAAAGUUUUCCCUGCUUGCAAAUGUGAGAAGAUACACCAGAAACAAAAAGAAAUCUGGAAGGACGUUGAAGACUCUGAGCUGAUGGAGAUGAUUGAUGUGUGUGAUCAGGAGAGCAAAUUAAACUGUUCUGCACAACACGACGAAGCACGUGUUGACAGACCUGCACAGAUUUCAGAACCUGAAUCGGCUGAGCCGUCAUUCCAGGAGGAUGGCAAAAGAAAGGAAAACAUGGAGGGUUAUGAGAAAAAAGAGGAGGACGUGACAGUUAAAGGUGAGGGACUUGAUUGGCAGACUGACCAGAAAGUGGAGGGUGCUGAUUGGCCAGAGGAGCGACUAUGUCACACUCACGAAAGAGCAAUUCCCAUCCAAGAGACUGUGGAGACUCUGGACAUCACAGAGGAAGGUGUGGAGACACUGCUCUGCUACCUGGAGCUGCACCCUCAGCGCUUUGUGGAGCUCCUCCACCCGACCCUGUCUGUGUGUAAAGUGAGCUGCUACGAUGGGCCCAAACAACUCCAGAAAAUCACCAAGAUCUGCCCACCGAUUGCCGUGGUGUUGGCAAGGCGGAGGAUGGCGGGCGAGCGAGUGGAGAGGUGCGAUCAACUGGAGUUUGACGUGGUCGAGGUCGCCGACACUAUGGGAUGGCAACUCCCUCUUGUGAAAAGAGGACUCAGGCAACUCCAGUGGAGCACUGAGAGAGCUGGUGGAAGAAGUGGGGUCCUUGUUGAGUUCUCCUCUCCUUCCUUCUACUUCCGCUCCUUUGGCGAUCUGAGCGAUGAGGAGAUGGACAGAGUUUGUCAGUUCCUCCACGGGCGAGUGCAGGCCCAAGAGAGGACACAGCUGUACCAGCUGACCGCUUGCUUUCAAGCCUUCAAGAGUGUUGCCUUCCCCACCGUCACAUCCUGUGUCGAUGAUUUGGACGACAGUAGAAGUCUAAAGCUAAAAAACCAUCUCUCUGAGUACUUUGACAAGAGGCGAGACAGAAGUCUAACCCUCCAACCGGCAGACCUCGAUGAGCUUGGCAAAUAUAAGCUGCUCGACUGGGAGAGUCAGAUCCGAGCCGACAUUAGAAGUUUUCUUUCCAACCGAAGUGAUGAGAAAUUUUCGGGAAGAGCUGUCGCUAGAAUCUUUCAUGGCAUAGGAAGUCCUUGCUAUCCUGCUCAGACAUACGGCAAAGACAGGCGUUACUGGAGGAAAUACAUCCAGUUUGACUUCAAUCAACUCAUCAGGUUGGCCACCCAGGAAAUCAUUCACCUCAAAUGACUGAUCUGCCCAUAUCGAACUUUCCCAUUGUCAAGCCAUAUUGGAAUUCACCUACAUCCACAUUUCUCACACAAUUAAAAAAAAAAACCCAAAACAAACAAA